AUGAUGGGGGCCGACUUCGAAGACAUCUUCAAGUUUGUUGACCCCAAGGUGAAGACUGCGUUGACUCGAAGCUCCAACUCUCAUGCCGUCAAGGUCGUCAUCCCGUCGAACAGCAAGAAGAGAAAGGCAUCGGCCAAAGAGGACAAUCCAGACGAGAUGGACGACGACGUAGAGAGGGACAAGGUUAAGGCGGAGCCCGACGAGGAGGCCAACGCCAGCGAAGAUGAGGGGGUGACUUCUGGCCUGAUCAAGGUCAAGAAGCCCAAGGCGAAAGCGAAGUCGAAGGCCAAGGCGAAGGCGCCACUGGUCGCGAAAAGCACAUCCACGUAA